AUGCCUCCUAUAAAAGUAAUCCCUUUCGCGGAUGACUUCGCGAGCGCGGAUGAGUACGUUGACUCACUCUUGCGCUUUUCAGCAGCGUCGACCAUUUUCCAGACUUUAUGCGGCGGAGUUCACAUUCUCGAUUUCUUUACCCGCGAACCAAGCCUAUAUCAUAAAGUCAUCCCGGAAGAAUGGCGCUCGUGGCUCUUGGCGCAGGGGUCGAUGGAUUUGCUGAAUCUGCUUAUGCGGGAUGACUUGGAGCAGCCGAGAACAGAUGAGCCCCCCGAGAGUCUCAUCAUGUAUAUUAGGGAGAUCAGAAAACAUUCUUUGCAGAGGACUGUUGCUAGCCAUGAUCAAAGCGAGCCGAAACUUCCUAGACAUGUUGCGGUAGGUAUGAUACCCAAAAAAGUCCACGAGGUCGCCAAUUUCGCGGACUAUGUCGUUCGGGUUGCGGAUGAUGUUUCUACGAAAUCUGGAAAGGAAAUCACACAUUUUGUUGAUUUUGGAAGUGGCCAAAAUUAUCUCGGGCGAACGUUGGCUAGUCCGCCGUAUAAUAAACAUAUUGUCGCGGUUGAGAGUAAGGAGCUCAAUAUUAAUGGCGCCAAAAGAAAGGAUGUUUUCGCUGGUGUAGGUGAAAGAGAGAAAGUUAUGCGGAAUAAAAAGGUCUACCGAAAGAUGCAGGAUAGCAAGACUCCAGUUGAAGAGAUGGACGACAAGGCUCGAAGAAGAGCUGCAAAAUCACAAAGUCUUCCAGCCCCUACAUCUAUAGAUUUGAGGCCGAUCAAGGAUCUGGCAACAAUAUAUACUCCCGCGGAGGGGAAAGGCUAUAUGCAAUAUGUUGAGCAUAUGGUACAAGAUGGCAAUCUCUCAGAUGUAGUGGAACAAAUCGAGAACAUGAAGCUCGCCGUUCCAUCAGGUAAUUUACAGUUCGUCAAUGGCGAGUCCGAGAACCCUGAAUUACCACAAGUUCUUGACGAGAUAUCGAAAGCUGAAGACAUCCGCUUAAUGGCCGUCUCCAUCCACUCCUGUGGCAACCUCUCCCAUCAUGGUAUCCGAUCACUCAUUCUCAACCCCGCAGUCCAUGCCAUUGCAAUCGUAGGGUGUUGCUACAAUCUGCUCUCCUCACGUCUUGGGCCAUCAACCCUCAAGCACCCGCACAUUCGACGCAACUUGAAACCCAUCAACGCACCUCAACUAGACAAAGAUCUAUCUGAUUGCGACCCGCACGGCUUCCCCAUGAGUGAACGCUUAGCAACGUACGGCGAUGAGGGCGUCAGGUUGAACAUCACCGCACGAAUGAUGGGAGUGCAGGCGCCACUAAACUGGACCGCGAAGGAAAGUGAUUCCUUUUUCACACGACAUUUCUACCGCGCUUUACUACAAAAGGUUUUUCUCGAUUACGGCGUUGUGUCGAAGCUACAGGGAGACGAGAGUAGUCCGGAAUGUACACAGCCAGUUAUUAUCGGCUCGCUGAGGAAAGGAUGCUACGCGUCUUUCACAAGCUAUGUACGUGGGGCUCUUGACAAGCUAAAGGCUGAUCCCGAGAGAAGCAUGCCGCUCGGGGACAGGAUGGGGAAUAUUACCGAUGAGGAAAUCGAUGGAUAUGCCCAACGAUACGAUGCGCUGAAGAGGGAAUUGAGCGUGACGUGGUCGCUUAUGGCAUUUAGUGCUGGUGUGGUGGAAAGUCUGAUUGUGGUGGAUCGAUGGUUGUUCUUAAAGGAACAUGGGGAUUUGGUGAGGGAAGCAUGGGUAGAGCCUGUUUUCGAGUACAAGCAAUCGCCGCGGAAUCUGGUAAUUGCCUCCGCAUUUCCAAGUUGUAGGGUCGAGAUUACAGGUUAUUAUUAUGUGGCCCUUCACCGCAUGCACAUCAGAAUCAUCAGAAAGUCUUGGAAAAUAGUGUUGGGUAUCACGGCAGAUGUUCAUAUCAAGCUAGCAUAUGUAUCCAAAACUAUCAAGCCGACAACCAUUCACAAGAACCAACUCAUCAGGAGCGCUCCCAAGCCAGCAACCACACCAGCUACGAUCACCGGGCUCGAACCUACAGCAGAGGCAGCAGAAGCCCUCGUCGAGCUUGAGGCAGCUGCCGAGGAAGUAGAAGUGGAGGGUGUUGAGCCAUUAACUUCUUGUGCUACAACCGAGACCGAAACGCCCGUGGAGUUUGAGCAUUUAUCGGCGCUAAGAGUCUCAGUAUCGUUCUUGAACACAAUGUCUGCGCACUAUCGUCCUGUUAGCCUUAUGGUUCUGAAGAUUGUUAUUGAAAGGGUGAAAUACGUUAUACAGAGCACUGCCCGUUUCACCAACGGCCACCACUUGGAUACUGGCGUUUGUGCCAUCCGCUGGGCUGAUCCCGGCUGGCAGGGUAACUUCUGGCAGGCAAAGAGUGCCGUUUCCCGUCUCGUUGAGGAAGGGAUUGAUGAGGGAGAUGUUGAAGGUCGGGUAGUCGGUUCCCAGGCCCAGAUUGACGAAGAUGUAACUCCAGGGAUGGUGGAGAUCGAGAUUGAGAGAGCCGCCAGUCAGUGGCCAGGUCGUUCUAUUGGUUUUUGCGGUUUGGUUGACGUUGGCACCUACACUAUUAUUAAUAAGAUAUCUUUUUUCUGA